AGCUUUGAAGACAUUGGAAAGAGAAUUGGGCAUGAUGAGGUGUAUGUGGCAGCAAUGUUCUAUGGACAGACAAAGCCAAGUCAAGAAGAAUUGGAAAAGCUGUCUAGUGUGUUAAAUAUUCCCACCAGUCACCUCAAAGAAGAGCUCGGUGAUCAGUUCUUCCCUGACCGUGGAGGUUUGGUUGAUCUACCACCAUCAGAUCCUACACUCUAUCGCCUAUUGGAAAUCAUAAAAGUUUAUGGAUAUCCACUCAAGGCUAUCAUUCAUGAAAAGGUCUGGCGAUAUAUUUAA